AUGCGGACUCACCUGUACUCUACCAUCGUUGAUCUGACAAAGGCCCUCGACACGGUGAAUCGCGAAGGACUCUGGAAAAUCAUGUUGAAACUCGGCUGUCCGGAGCGAUUCAUUCAGAUGGUGCGUCAGCUGCACGAAGGCAUGAUGGCGCGAGUCACGGACAACGGAGCUGUCUCAGAGGAAUUCGCAGUGACCAACGGAGUGAAGCAGGGAUGCGUGCUGGCGCCAACCCUCUUCAGUCUCAUGUUCUCUGCCAUGCUGAUGGACGCCUGCCUUGACGAACGUCCCGGGAUCCGCAUCGCCUACAGGACGGACAGCCACCUCCUCAAUCGGCGACGGAUGCACUUCCGGUCGCGUGUAUGUACAAUUACGUCCGUUAACUUCUAUUCGCUGACGACUGCGCCCUCAAAACCAUCUCGGAGGGUGACAUGCAAGGAGCAUGAUUCUCUUUGCCGCCGCCAACGAAAACUUUGGCCUAGUCAUCAUCACGGAGAAGACGGGUUUAUGCAUGAACCGCCACCCGACGCUGCCUAUGUCUCAUCCCACGUCAACGUGCACAGCGCCCAAAUUCAAGACUUAGACAACUCCACCUAUCCCCCACAACACCAAAAUCGACGAUGA